AUGCUGGCAGUUUCUUUUGCGAAGACCACUGCCCGAAGUGGCAAGGAAUGGUUGCAAGGCUUCACCAUACAGUUCACCGGCGAUGAUGCAGGGAUUGACCAUGGCGGCCUUACAAAGGCUUGGGUUCAAGAGGUUGGGUACGCGCUGUGGGGCAGUGAUGCCUUUUUUGAUACAACAGCUGCAGGAAGUCUUUUCAAACCCGAUAGUGCAACCGACGUGCUUUUGCACUGCUUUCAUGUGCCCUCUGAAUCUUUGUACAGAUGGCUUGGCCGCUUUCUAGCAUAUGCUCUCUACCAGCAGUGUGUGUUGGAUUGCGCUCUCAGUCCAUGGGCACUCCGCUGGCUGAUACGUGUUAUUGAGACGCAAGCAGCCGCACCAGCCCUACUCAGACAAGCAGCAGGGUCCUGGCGUCGUGAUGGCAGCGAUGAUUGCAAAAUUGCAAGCAUUUCUGGAUCCGUGCUUUUGUCCCACAUGGAUGCGAGUGGCCUUCCACCAGAAACUCCCCUCCGGGUUUCAGGUCAACACAUUGAGGCAGACUUUGACGGUGAAACUGUCAGGGCUACCCUUUCUGAUGGCCAACUCCACUGGAGUGAUGGAGAUCUUUGGGUGAGAUGUUCUGAAAGCUCCAUGUUGCCCGUGUGGGAACAAACACCCACCGGGGAUGAUCAACUUCUAGAGGACCUGGCGACGAUGGACCCGGCCAUGGCCAACAGCCUGUGGCGUGUGCGGCAUGAGAUGCUGGAGGAGGAUUUGCAGUGGCUCACGUUUUCAUAUGGCGGCCGAGAGCUUGUUCCAGGUGGAGAUGAUAUAGAUGUAAGCGCCGAAAAUCGAGCGGAAUAUGUCCGAUUAUGUUGCAAGGCCGCCCUGUUGUACACUUCCCAGAGAGCUUUCCAAGCCUUCAGUGAUGGAUUCUUUGAGGUCAUUCCCCCAGAGAUGUUCCUGGGUGCUCCGGUUGACAUUUUUCAAUGGCUUUUGCUGGGUAACGCCCAGAUUUCGGACGCACAGAUGAGCAAGCUGGAGCAAAUCAUUAUUCCGGAAGGCUUGGUGCCCAAACAUCUCAAGGAUCAAGCAGAGGUUCGAGAUUCAGCUCGAUGGGUCUUUGACAUCAUUCACAGGUCCGAUGACAACUUCAGGUCUCGGCUCUUCGAAUUUUGGACGGGCAACGGGCGCCUUCCUCUGGGAGGUGUCGAGGCUAUUGAGCCGAAACCACGGUUGCAGGUCAUGGUCUCUCAGGAGAAGCAAUAUAUUCCCGUGGACUAUGUUUGGGAGGUCCAGAUUCCUGGCGGCUGGCGAGCAUACGGCCAACAAAUGUGUGGCAAUUUGAACAAUAUGCUUGAAGCUGGCCUCAGGAUGUGCGAGUUCCAAAUGGGCCCUAAUAAGAUCGUGAUUGACCUUGGAGCUGGGCUACAGAUUAAUAGCCGCACCAAUGAGCGACGCCGCAUUCGGCGCCGGCCGCUUCAGUUCCUGGCUGAUGACACUGUUCUCUCUUUGCAGGGGUAA